GCGAGCCUGCAGAAUUCCUGGCAGCUUCUCCUUGGAGAUAGCAGAGCAGAGCAGGAGCCACCCAUCCCGUAGCUGCCUUCCUUUCCUUGCUGGACGAAUUCUCGCCGAGUAAAAUGUGCAAAGGACUCGCAGGGCUGUCCGCUUCUUGCCUGAGAUGUGCUAAGGACAUGAAACACCGGCUGGGCUCCCUGUUACAUGCCUGUGAGCAUGGUCCUUCCCACAGCAAGAAGGACAAGGUGAUGAUGUGCCAGAGGGUGAGCCCAGAGGAGGUCAAGAAGUGGGCAGAGUCCCUAGAAAACCUGGUCAGCCAUGAGUGUGGGCUGGCAGCUUUCAAAGCAUUCUUAAAGUCAGAGUACAGUGAAGAGAACAUCGAUUUCUGGAUCAGCUGUGAAGAAUACAAGAAGAUCAAGUGUCCCUCUAAGCUCAGCCCCAAGGCCCAAAAGAUCUACAAUGAAUUCAUCUCAGUCCAGGCCACUAAAGAGGUGAACCUAGACUCUUGCACCAGGGAGGAGACCAGCCGGAAUGUGCUAGAACCUACCAUAACCUGUUUUGAUGAGGCUCAAAAGAAGAUUUUCAACCUAAUGAAGAAGGAUUCCUAUCAGCGCUUCCUCAAGUCCCAUUUCUACUUGGACUUGGUCAACUCUUCUAGCUGUGGGCCAGAGAAGCAUAGAGGAGCCAAGAGCACCACAGACUGUCACUCCUUGUUCCCCCAGUGUGCCUGAGAUCUGAAAUGCCGAGUCUCUCUCCCCAGAAAUCCCAAGGCCAAAUAUCCAUCUGUGUCAAGCAUUAUGUCCAUAUCAUAGCCUAGCACUCCUACUACAAGCCUGUGAGCACCUCUCCCACUUCCACAUAACACUGAGUUUCUGUGUGUCCAUGUUCACCUGGGUGGGGUCUCCUACUAGUCCAGUGUCUCCCAGUUUAUGUUAGGGUGCCAUGCGCAGCAGUGUCCAAACAAUAGUCCUGUAGGCCUGGCUUUUGUGAGAUGACUAGAAAGUCUUUCUUCCUAGUAGCCUGGCUUCACAUGGGCUGGGUGGUCAACUCCAUGCGACACCCACAGACAAUAGGCUGGAGCCUAUUGUCAAGACAACUUUUACUCCACCACUGAGUGUCCCGAUAUUGUUGGUCUUUUGUGUGUGCAUAACUCUGUGUUUGCAUGUGCCAGUGUAGGCACACAGAAAAAAAUACAUAUGCACACUGGAGGUUUUACUGCAAAGAUAGAUCAGAAGGCCCCUAGGUGCUUACAACUUGAGUAUGUGUACACACUUACACACAUAUUCUGAUAUCUACCUUUGCAUCGUACUAUUGAACCUGUAGGCCAGUUCAGAAAGGGAUGCUUCCCUGAAGAAAGAUGAUUCUGGAAAGCUUCAUGGGUCUAGCUCAGCUUAACCACUGACUGCCUAUGUGCUUAAUACCCAUCUAAGGAACACCCUCCCAGGGACCCCUGCAUGCACAGUCAAGGCUCAGCCAUGACUUGAGGGACUUUGAAGUCCCCACCUUUUGGUCCUCCCCUUCUUGGCCUGGGUGUUUGGAGCAUGAUUCUUAUUACCAUCCAGUUUAGGUAUGAGCUGAGAAGUGGAGUGCUCUCUACUGGAAGACACUGGUUAAGAGGACACAGAAUGGAAAGGCUCACCAUCUGAUCUUCCCUUCUUUCUUCCUCUUUGGACCAAGGUGCUCUUAUUGUGUUUUUCCUUGAGAAUCUUAGCAGCACCAUGCACAGUUACUUAGUUCACUAUGGCUGUCCAUUUCACUCACAAACCAGCAGCAGGGGCAAAGAGUCUAUUUUCUAGUCUAUUUUCUUUUUUGUUUUUUCCACUCACUAAAAAACUCUUAUAAGUUCCUUUUUGGCAGACAAGGCCUUGCUCAUUUCAUCCCCAACAAAGCAGACAGGAAUGGCAUUUCUUUCUAGAUGCUUAAACUGAAAGAAAAGAAAGAAAGAAAAAUGUUAGUUGUUACUACUGCUUGAGAACUUUGUCAAGACAUGUGAGAUACUUGAAAAUGUUUUCCUUUGUGUUAUUUAUGAUGUCAUUUUGUACAGUGUUUUUACUUUUAAAUUAUUAUUUUGUUUUAUAAAUUGAGGUGCUGGGAAGCACCUGAAUUCUGAGUGAGUGGCCAAGAAGUAAUUUUCUUCUCAUUCAUUGAAAAUCACUGCCUUUGACAUGCCUGCAUAUGCAUGUAUGCACAAGAGAAUACUCACCUACAAUGUCACCUUUGUGACUUUUUAGCAAAGACACUGGGAUGCAAAAUAAAAGACACUUAGACAGCUCUCACUGCAUUCAUGAAGCAGGGUGCCAUUGUCCCUCUCUGGUUCCCUCUGGCAGUCUAGCCUAAAUGUCCUUGUUAGACUCGGUGUCACAGUUUGGUCUCUGCUUGUCACCAGGAUGUACAUGUGUACCUGAUUCCAUCUGUCACCCCAUCAUGGACUGUCCUGACUCUCAUGUCAUCCUGAGGGGCUGCUGGUCUAUCCAGGAGGUCUGAGGACUCAUUCUGAAUGACAAAUAAAUUCUCAUUUUAUCAUCUAUCUAUCCAUCUAU